AUGUUGGUUUGGGGCGGAAGUAGCGGAGACCGGGCUCGCGCUGGGGGACGAAGCGGUGAAGCCGCCGAGGCGGGGGGUUACCCACCCCUGACAAAGAUCCUGGCAAGUUUCUUUGGGAAGCUGCUGGAACAGGAGAUAGACCCACUCAAGAACGUGCUGGUGACUGUGGGUGCCUAUGGGGCCCUGUUCACAGCCUUCCAGGCCCUGGUGGAUGAAGGAGAUGAGGUCAUCAUCAUAGAGCCCUUUUUUGACUGUUAUGAGCCCAUGACAUUGAUGGCAGGGGGUCGCCCUGUGUUUGUGACCCUGAAGCCGAGCCCUACCCAGGAUGGGGAACUGGAUUCUGCCAGCAACUGGCAGCUGGACCCCGCAGAGCUGGCCAGCAAGUUUACCUCUCGUACCAAAGCCCUAAUCCUCAACACACCCAACAACCCUGUGGGAAAGGUGUUCUCCAAGGCAGAACUGGAGCUGGUGGCCAGCCUGUGCCAACAGCAUGACGUGAUCUGCAUCAGUGACGAGGUCUACCAGUGGCUGGUCUAUGACGGGCACCAGCACGUCAGUGUCGCCAGCCUCCCGGGCAUGUGGGAACGCACCGUGACCAUCGGCAGCGCUGGCAAGAGCUUCAGCGCCACUGGCUGGAAGGUGGGCUGGGCCCUGGGCCCGGACAGUCUCAUGAAGCACCUGCGCACCGUACACCAGAACACGGUCUAUCACUGUCCCACGCAGGGCCAGGUGAGGAGAGGCAAGGCACCCUGCUGGGGGGGCGGGGCCACCACAGAGCCAGUCGGAUCA